AAAGCAUAUUGGGAACGAAAGCUCCAGAUCAUGUAGAGAGAGAAAGCAUGGCACAGUAGAGAGAGAGAGAGAGAGAGAGAGAGAGUGUGGUAGGAAGGAAAAAAAAGAAAGCAAGAGAGAAAACGAGAGAAAAUAUGUUGACUUGGCCGCCAUUAUGGUGCUGCGUGUAAUUCGCCAGUGAAACUUCUUCGAGUCAAAAAAAUCCAUUUCUACAGCCAUUUUAUAUGCGGAGUGAGUGAGUGAGUGAGAAAGCAGAGCAGAAAGAGAUCGAAGCACUGUUUCUCAAUCUGCAUUUUCCAUGCAAAUCUUCAAUCAGCUACAAGCGAAGAUUGUGGAAUGUGAUGAGAAAUGAGGGUUGGGGUUAGGGUUUGGGUAGAUGAGAAAUGGGUUGUGUGUUUGGUAGGGAGAUUUCGGCGUCUGGCCAGUCUAGCUCGGAGGCUGUGGUGGUAGAGAAGGGGAGAGAGAAGGAGAGGCAGAGGGAUUUGGCAGCACCGUCCGGAAGGAGAGAGAAAAUUAGUGUUGCAAAGGCUGAGAGGGCCGUAGAGCUUCAGAAUGGUGGAGAUCAGAAGGAGGAGCAGAAGGAUGGGAGCACAAGGCCACGGGGGGAGCGAAGGAGGUCGAGGCCGAAUCCAAGGCUAAGUAACCCGCCUAAGCACGUGCAAGGUGAGCAAGUGGCUGCCGGGUGGCCAUCUUGGCUCUCAGAUGUGGCUGGUGAGGCCAUCAAUGGGUGGACACCUCGGCGAGCUGACACUUUUGAGAAACUGGACAAGAUUGGUCAAGGUACAUACAGCAAUGUGUACAAAGCUAGAGAUGCUAUGACUGGAAAAAUUGUUGCUUUGAAAAAAGUUCGAUUUGACAAUUUGGAGCCAGAGAGUGUGAAAUUUAUGGCUAGAGAGAUCUUGAUUCUGCGUCGUUUGGAUCACCCCAAUGUAAUAAAAUUGCAAGGUUUAGUGACGUCAAGGAUGUCUUGUAGUUUGUACCUCGUGUUUGACUAUAUGGAACAUGACUUGGCUGGACUUGCUGCAAGCCCUGUAAUCAAGUUUACGGAGUCUCAGGUCAAGUGCUACAUGCAUCAGCUGUUGUCAGGGCUUGAACAUUGUCACAACCGCCAUGUGCUGCAUCGUGACAUUAAAGGUUCAAACCUUCUUAUUGACAAUGGAGGGGUUCUUAAGAUUGCCGAUUUUGGGUUGGCCUCAUUUUUUGACCCUAAUCACAAGCAGCCAAUGACUAGUCGUGUGGUUACUCUAUGGUAUCGGCCCCCAGAGCUUCUCCUUGGAGCCACUGAUUAUGGUGUAGGAGUGGACCUCUGGAGUGCUGGUUGCAUUCUUGCUGAGUUAUUGGCUGGGAAGCCAAUCAUGCCUGGUCGAACAGAGGUAGAGCAGCUGCAUAAAAUAUUCAAGUUAUGUGGUUCUCCUUCUGAAGAAUACUGGAAGAAGUCGAAGCUGCCACAUGCAACCAUAUUUAAACCCCAACAAUCUUACAAAAGAUGCAUAGCGGAGACAUUUAAAGAUUUUCCACCUUCAUCACUGCCAUUGAUUGAGACUCUUCUUGCAAUUGACCCCACUGAACGCCAAACUGCCACAGCUGCAUUGAGGAGUGAAUUCUUCACAACCAAGCCUUAUGCUUGUGAUCCUUCCAGCCUUCCAAAAUAUCCUCCUAGCAAGGAGAUGGAUGCCAAACUGCGGGAUGAAGAAGCUAGAAGACUGAGAGCUGCUGGUAAAGUCCAUGCUGAUGGUGUGAAGAAAACCCGUACACGAGAUAGAGCUGGAAGGGCAAUUCCUGCUCCAGAAGCCAAUGCAGAGCUGCAAGCCAAUAUUGAUCAGAGGCGACGUCUAAUAACACAUGCAAAUGCCAAGAGCAGGAGUGAGAAAUUCCCUCCUCCACACCAAGAUGGAACACUUGGCUACCCGUUAGCUUCUUCACAUCAUAUAGAUCCAGCGUUUGAUCCACCUGAUGUUCCAUUCAGUUCCAUGAAUUUCUCAUAUCCAAAAGCACCCAUCCAAACUUGGUCUGGCCCCUUGGUGGACUCUGCUGCUGUUGGUGCUCCAAGAAGAAAGAAGUACAAGGAUCAUCAGAAGGAUAAGAAUUAUGGACGGAUCAAGGGAAAGGAAGGGAUGUAAUAUAAUCUUUCAGUUCUUUUACGGGUACAAUUGGUGAAUUCACACAUGUUGCCGAACCAACACAGAAAUACAAGCAGGAAACCUGUUAAAUUUCAUUGAGAGGUAAAAAUUUCUUGUAUGCCAUUUUUCUUGUGCCUGUCCUAUUUUUUGGAUGGUGAGAAGCUUUUCUGAGUAUUGUAUAUGCUGAUUUUUUAUCCCUUUAUGUUGACGAACUCUAUUUAGUUUGGGUCAAGUUGUAAUAAAUAUGUUGGGAACCUUCGUUGCUCUCUCUUUUUUCUUAAAAUUUUGUUUCCUGAUACCCAUGUACCAAUAUUCAAAAGUGAACAUGUUCUUGCCAUUCCUGUC